AUGUCCUCGAAAGACAAACCACCUAAGAAGGAACCUCGCACCGGCAGCCGUACUUCAUCCCGCCAACCCGGCGGCGGAACAGCGAACUCAGCAACACCCACGCAAAUUCUAAACUUCCUGCUCUCUUCUGACGCACUUCCGUACUGUUUCCCCUCAGAUGAGCUCGACGCCGCGAACUCUGGAGAAAUCAGCAAAACAUACUCUCUCACUCCGCCAAAUCACUUCACGCCCUUCGAGCAUCUCAUCACAGCUCACCUGCUCUCGAAGCCGCUGUCUCACAAGCUCGGCAUGCGCAGUACUAGAACUCUGCUCAACAAGCCCUAUGGAUUCUCUACGCCUGAUAAGCUGCACGCAGCUGGAGAGGACAAGAUAUGGCGUGCGCUCGAAGAAGCCCGGACCCAGCAUCGCCAAAAGACGGCAUCCUACCUCGCGCAAAUGGGCGAACAGUAUGCCGAUGCGGCCUCCAAAGGUGAUUCCAGCAGUGAGAAGAUGCAGGAGCUGGCGGAGACAACCAACGAGGGCGGUCCCCGCGCGACGAUCGAGUACAUCAAGAAGACAGUCAAAGGCACGGGCGAGACGGGCGCGCAGAUUUUCUGCCGCCGCGUGCAGGCCUGCGAGGGCUGGGGCGAGGCUUUGUGGCCGUAUGCGGACCCAAGGUCCAUUGAUGCGUUGAGGGAGCUGGGUGUGAAAGUCGCGGAUGCAGAGGGUUUGCGGGAGGUGAUUGGGAAGGAGGUGGAUCUUGCGUUGGUUGAGAAAAAUGGUGGGCUAGGAUACAAAAAGCAGGAGAAAGGCGGUGAAAAGGCCAAUGAGAAGGUCGUGCUUGUGACGGUGUUGGAGAGAGCGAUUGGGUGUGUUUUGGAGGGUAAGGUGGGAGAGCUGAGAAGUGCAGCGGCUGGGCAGUGA